ACUAUGGCAGAAGGAGCAGCUGAUGUGAUUAAUUUACCUCCUGAGUUACUUCUGAAUAUUUUUGCGUUUUUGGAUUAUAAAGAUCUCAUUUGCUGUAGUAAACUUAACAAGAAGUUUCAUGAUUUGUCCAGUCACAAUUGUCUAUGGAAACCAUUAUGCAAGAAGUACUGGCUACUUACUCAAUGUACACCUGGCAUGAGCUGGAAAAACCAAUUUUGCCACUGGUAUCAAGAAUGGGGAUGUUAUAUUUAUUGUUAUUGUACAAUAAAAGGUGCCUGGGACAAAAUAAUGAACUUUAUGGUUGUGAAUUGCCCUACAAUCUAUUCUUCAGUCAAAGAUGGAAUCACUGAACAAGAGGUAAGAGACAUAGAAGAAAAUGUAUGUAUAAAACUACCAAAGGAUUUGAAAUGUUCAUAUAGGAUACAUAAUGGACAAAAGCUUAAUGCACCAGGCUUGAUGGGAAGCAUGAGUAUUCACAGCCAUUAUCGUACUGAGUCUUUGCUUGAUUUAGAAACAGCCAGUAUUGGAUUUCAGCAAAGAGAUGGUUUAAAAGGUUGUUUACCACUCACAAUAUGUCUCCACUCAGGAUUAACACAGUUUAUUGCCCUCAACGACCUCGAUGGGUAUCAACCUAACAUAGUAUUCUACCCUUCACAAGAUUUAAUCUUACAAACAAGUGGAUCUGUAGAUGCAUUCAUCUCAGGAAGAAGUUUUACAGAGUGGUUUGUAAGUUAUGCUGAGCUGCUUGACAGUGGACAUUUUGUGGUUUUGAAUGAACAGCCUUACAAGUUUUACAAAGAACCUGGGUGUGAAUCUACUACAAGAAACAUCACAGUGACUGCUGAAACAUGCUUUCUACCAGAGUUGAGUAGUGUGAACCCGCCUCACUUCUUUCACACAUAUCGAAUCUUGAUGUCCAUGGCAAAAGAUGUUUCAAUCUUGGAAAGCUGCCAGCUGGUAAGUCGCCACUGGAUUGUUACAGAUGAAAAUGGACAUGAAGAAAGAAUAGAUGGCCCAGGAGUUGUUGGUGAGUUUCCCAUCAUGAAACCAGGAACUAGUUACUCAUGGGUGAGCUGUACAAACUUUAACACUACCUAUGGAAAUAUGAGAGGUCAUUUUACUAUGAAGAACCUAAAAACAGGCUUAACAACAGAUAUCAUAUGUCCAACUUAUCAUAUGAAGUGCUUCCCAUAUGUGACAGCCGAAGAACGUAUAAGAGUUAAGUUAAAAAAAGAAUAAAUUUCAGAUUGUACCCACUUAUACAACUUUAAGUUAAACAUUGAGUUGUUUAAAUUAGGGAACCAAGUAAAAACUGAACUUUUCCUGAAUCUCUGCUGUUGGUGACAAGAAAGCAAUUUUCAGAAUGAACUCCUCAGAAUUGUUCUAUUAUUGAUAACAUGAUGUAUAACAUAUUUUUGCUUUGCACAACUCUCAAUUAAAACAUAUAUAUAUAACAUAACACAAAAGAAUUGUGGGCUUACAAAAUGUUAUUGCAGUGGUUCUCUCUCUCUCUUUUUUAUUCAGUUCCACAUCUUAAGGACUUAAGCAUUUGUUUUAAUUAAAAGUUUCAUUGUGUACCAUUAAUAUAUAUUAAACAAUUAAUAUACUAAAUAAUGUUUUUGAAACAUUAUCCUUUUUCUUGGUUAGAAACUACAGAUAAUUGUAAAAGUUUGAGCAGUUGUUUUAAGAUUUGUGGUGCUAUGAUAAAAAUCUCCGAUUAUUUCAAUAUGCAGUUGGUUGAUAUCUUUGUGUAGGUUGGAAAAAUUAUGUUAUCCAAAAGAAAAAGAUUUAUUUUCCUUGCUAUUACAUUAUUAAAGUAAUGUCACAAUAGUUUUACAUUAUUUUAUUUAAUUAAAAAGAAAAGAAUAUCGUUCACAGAAAUGCUUACAUUAAUAGAAGACCCAUUAGAAAAAUAGUCUUGAGACACUGGUAACAUUGUGCAUGUAGAGAUGUUGUGAGUCAACUUCUGGUCUUUUAUCUGCAUACAUUGUUUAUGAUCCAUUUCAAAGUGCAUGAUUAUUCUGAUAUUUGAAUGUGGUUUAUCAUUUCUUUUAAUGUGAGAACAACUGAGACCUUACAUUAUCCAGAAACUGUUUGUGACCACAUUUCUUGAAUUCAAGAUAUUUUACGUGUAAGUAGAGUUCUUUGAAAAUGUUUCUUAAUGUUAUCAUUAGAAAAGAGAUUCUUUGAUGUACUGAAAUUUAUUAUGUUUCUUAUUUAGUUUAUAAUGUUUCUAACUUCAGGUCAGUAGAAAGGUAUUAGUUACAAUAAUAAGAGCAAUAGGCUUAGCCCAUGUUGAUAAAUUAGUCUAAGAGGCAAAAAAAACAACAAAAAUUAACAGUUUAAAUUUUGUAAUAUAAAACAAAUUGUCCUUUUGGCACCUCUUUAAAAGAAAAAGUGAUUUAAUUUAUUAAUUGAAUAUUAUAAAACAAAAGUAACAAUGGCUGUCUACACAGUAAUGACUUUGUGUCUUUUUAUGUAUCGUGUACAAUUUUUGUAAAGUUUCGGACUUGUUUUUAAAAGCCUGGUCAAACUUGAAAAUGUCCCUGUUUUAUUAUAAGUUAAUUUUUUUGUUCAUAGAGAGCAAAAUGUUGUUGACACAAAAGAAAGUUGUUGUCUUAAACCUGAAAUUAUCAAAAAUUUAAUUAAGAAGUGCUGUUAAUUACAUAUUAUUGCUUGCACACGGUAAUAAGUUUUGCAAGAGAUUCAGAACGAGUUGAAUAAACAUGACUUAAGGGAAGAGUUAAUGACAGAGUAUAAACACAACAAAAUCGUAUGCUACAUAAAUAACAGUAGAAUUCAUUUACAAGGAAAAUGUAAAAUUCUUGUCAACCAUGUUCAACUGAACUCUGAAGUGUAUUUUCUGUGAUGACAAUGUUUAACUUGUAUUCAAGCAUAUUUUACCACAUUGAAAAUUGUGUUGUAAUGCCUUUAGUAAUUUUUUGUAUUUUUGUUUAUGUAAAUAUAAGAGCUUCAGACAAACACUCAAUUUUUCCCCUUUGGCUUCAUGCAAAAUGUUUGCCAAACAUUUUUCUUAAACAGAGGGUACAAACGUAGUGUAUGAGCACAAAAAUAGUUAUUAGUUAAGGAAAGUUUGUUUACUAAUAAAGGUCCAUUGGUAUUCUCGUGUGUAGUGGUCUUAGUUAUGAAAGACAUGUUCACUUAUAAAACCAACUGAAACAUCAUGUAUUUAUGGAGUUUCCUGUGUGUGUGUCCUUAGUUUUCAGAUGAUGUAUCAGACUUCAUGUUAAGAAAGACUAAACAUGGUACAAAAAUUAGGCAGGAAAAGUCCAUAAAGAAAAAAAACGUGCUGUUAUCAUGUUAAAUACACUGCCUAAAUCUCCUUUAAAAGAUAGAAAGGAAAUGUUUUAUGCCUCUAGAAAUACAAUAAAGAAAUAACUGAGCACUUUAUAGAAGUGCAGAUGUUAUGUCAGUUUGUACCUCAGCCAAGAGAUUAUUGAAGAAAGCUAAAAGUUUUGUACAAUGAGAUAAAAAUAAGACAUUAAGAAAAAAAUUAAUGAAUUACUGUGCAUAAAGGUAUACACUGAAAAGUUGAAGUUUUAGACCAAAACAUUAAGUCUUAAUAAAUAUAAUAAAAAGUAAAUAACAGCAUUUAUACAUAAGAAAGGUCAAGUAUUUUGGGGAGACUGGCUGAACAAUGCAAUGAUUGAACUUGAAGUGUUCAUUUAUAAAUUAAUCAUAUUUUAGUAUAUAUUAUCUAUAGAAAUGUUUUUGUAACUGAUAUAAUCAGAUCUCCCACUAAAUUCUAGGUAGAAAAUAGGAUAUAUAAAGGACAUAUUAUUUAAAAAAGUCAACAAAAUAUGAAAAACCUGUAUAUAGAAGUUCUUGUGAUUAUUAAUGUUUGAAUAGUUUGUUCUAGACCAAGUAUGUGAAAAGAUUGCAGAUGAAAUAAUCUUUGAAAUUACAUGUAGUUCCAAUAAUAAACAAAUUAUAAGAAUCAAGGAAACCUUAGCUAUUAAGAAGUUGAAACCAAAGUUGAAUAAUAAUUCAUCAGCGAUUGAAAUCUCACUCGGUUAUGUUUUCACAUGGCAACUUUUACUUCUAUUUACAUUGGCACAGUAGAAGAGUGUUGGCAGAACACUAAUAAAGAGACACAUAUUUGCAAACAUAUCCUCCCCCUCCAAAAAUAGCUUUUAUUAGUCAUUUCUAUGAUGAUUCUGGAGUCCAUUUCUAAUUGACAUGAUCUUGUUUAUUAAGUGAGAUACUUUAAGAUUAAGCAAUUUUUUCAGGACCUCUUGUAGCCUACCAAACGGUAAUAGAGUAGAAAAUAAUUAUGUUUCAAAUAUUAAGAAACCAGAUUAAUACAUGUAUUUAUUUCUAAUUCUACUAGUAUUCACAUGGUUAAUAAUAUGUAUUAUCACUUUAAAUGACUAUCAUGCAAAGCAUUUCAUUAGAUGUUACCUAAAAGCAAGAUACAUUAUCAUCACUUUAGUGCAACCCAUGUUAAGUAUGUAUGUUAAUUUUGAUUGCAUAGAAAUGAUCAAAACGCAUUACAAAUAAAAUUCCUAAGCAAAGGUAAGCAACAAAAUCUUGUUUUCUCACCAGUAAAAGUCAUACCUGUAAUUGUUGCUUCACUUAUGGGUGUACUUUGUCUUUCUGAAAAUUACUUAGGUUUCUGUGUGAUAUUUUUCAUCAUUGCAAUUUAUUAUAUUCAAAGUUAUCUCACUCUUUUACACAUUCAUCUUUUGAUUAUUGGAUUUUUUCUAAUUUCUUUGUGAUAUUGACAAAAGGAUGUGACCGAACUCCCAUCCUGAAAGUUUUUCUUCUGCAGAUCUUCCUUAAUGUGUUUUUCAGCCUGAUUCAUAAUUUUUUCCUUCUUCUUUUACUCCUCCUCUUUCACCAGUACUGACUUCUCCCAAGGCCUGCUUUAUUCCUGCAAUCUUUCUUUAUAUAGAGAACUUGCAUCCUGGACUGCCUUUAGCAUACUUUUAUUCAUCUGCUCAACCUACUGAUUGUGUGUUGACCUAGGCUGGUCUGCUCUUUGGAAACUGUGUUCUUAUUGUCUAACAAUGAUCUCUCAACAUAUGCAUCCAUAUAACACACUCAAGCAAGACUUGAUGAACUUUUUUAGAAUCUUAUAUCUGGACCCUGGGUAGCAUGAAGUAGCAGAGAUUCUCCUGUAAUGGUCAGUGCAAACGUGCACAUUCUCCUGUGUGUCUUCAUCAGUGUAAGAGAAACAGUUUUAAGGAAUGUCUUCCAUCAGAUACAGUUUUCACACAUCUGUGAUGAGUUACUACCUCCUGCUUUAACACUACAUGUUUCAAUUUCUGAGCUCGGUGCCUGACAGCUCUCACACUUGCUUCAUUUCUCUGAAGAAAGGGAUGCAAACAUGCCACAUCUUUGUUUAGAGGCAAGUACUUUGUAAUGGUCAUGAAGAACUGUUUUGUGUCUUACACAGGUGUUUUAAGCUGAUCAGAUUUCAGCCUUGACAGUGUCCUUCUUGUUGGCUCCUAUUUCAGUGUCAUUGGAGGACAGUUGAUUCAAUGUGACACUGUAGUCAUAUUCCUUCAGAACAUUAUUGAUUUACUUCCAAAUGGUUCUAUUGAUGUUUGGGUCAGGAGUUGAUAUAAGCAACCACAGAGAGAUGGCCAUUUCUUACUUUAAGAAAUGCUUGAUUUUUUUAUAAUAUUUGUUUUCUUUUGACAUAACUAAAAUGGAAGACCACAAGGUAUCUUCUUGUCAUCCAGAAUUGUGUUUCUCAUGAUAAGAAGAUCCAAUUGCUUCAUAUCUUGAUCAGUUGUUGUUUGAUCAUACAAUAAGGUAUAUCUUGAAUUAUUUCUCUUUUAGGUCAUCCACCAAUUUUUUUAACAGGUGCGGUUAUAGGCCACUGAAAUGAUAUACAGCAAACUUGUUGACCACAUUCCAAAAAUUUUUGGAAUGAGGCAUUACUUCUCUGACUUUUGCUUCCAGGUUUGUUUGACUGGAGACAUAGGUGAUGUAAAAGCAGAGGGAACAUCUUAUGAUGGUGUAUUUUAAUUGCAGCUUCUCUUUGCUGUUUACACUGUAUUGCUUAAGAUAUAGAAAAGUCUAAGAUUAAUUUUGGUUAAGGCUUUCCAAAAUAAAUUUUAGACUUUUCUAUAUUUGUUGACCAUUGGCUGCUGUUUUAACUGGGAAAGCCCAGAAUUUUUAAUUGAAAAAAAUCUUCAACGUGUAAGGAGGCCUAGCAAGUUUAAUUUCAGAUAUCCUAGUUUUAUAGAUACAGCCUAUUAUUAGUUCUACAAAAUAUAUCAUCUUAAGUACACAAGUUAAAGACAUAUAAAUAUUACUUAAUGUAGCUUUCAUGACUCAUCACCUGGUGAUAAAAAACUAAAGGGGUGCACAAAAUCAUCUCUCAGUUUUAUGGAAAUUGCAAAAGAGCAUAAUAAAUAGUUAAAAUGUACAACAAGAUAUUCAAGACUUAUAAUUUUGUGACAUUGUGCAUGUUUAUUUUGAAGUAUUGUUAAAGUAGUCAACUUUUUUAUCAGUGUUCAAAUAAUUUCAAAAUGAGGUUUUUGAACAAAAUCUUUUCAAAAUGAAAAUGUGGUUUUAAAUAGUUUCAUAAAGAAAAUCAAAAUGAACUUGAAAACUCUUUUGCAUACCCUUAACAUAAGUUUACCCUUUCAUUAGGAUUUUACCUUAGUUUGAAAUAACUGCAUACAUCUUUAGUUGGAAUUUCAGCUGAUCUGUUAUCCUACAACAAGCCAACAUAUACUUUCUUCAUGUUCUGCUUGCACCUUCUGACUUAUGCCUGUAUCUCUGGAAUGUAAGCUUAAAAGUGCUUAAUGAUCUAAAAAAAAAAAAGAUAAACCUUGAGAAAAAUAUUAUUUUGCAUUGAAAGGUGGUAAUUACUCAUAGUGUGAAACUGUCAUAAGGAGCAUUAACAUAUGAACAAGUACAUGAGCUGUAGUUUAGUAUAUUGUUAACAAAUGUUUGGUGAAAAUACAGGGGAAAAUGAAUAAUCAUAAGGAAUUUACAAGUAAAAUCAGCUAUUUUAAACUAAAACGUACAAUUGUCUUGUUUUUCCUCAGUUCUGUAAAAUAUUGGGAUUUUAGGAUUGAGGGGAGGACUGUAUAACUCAAAGUUGUGCGACUUCAUCGUUCUGUUUUACACAAUGUUUUUAUUAUAUCACAAUAUUGGAUAAAUUUAUUUUUAUAGAAAGAAAAUAAAAGUUAAGUUACUGUAAAAAAACCUACAGUGUAUGUGAUUUACACAUGUAAUGCACCAGUUUCUGCUCACUUUUGUUUUACACAACUUUAUUGCUCAGAACAUGCAAAACUUUAAGCUGAAAACUUCUGUCACAGAGGCUAGUUUAACAAAAUCAUGUCAAGAACAUUCUUGUUUUGUCAAUACUUUUCACAUAAAACUUAGUAUGUUUACAUGCAGUUUCUUUGAAAAAUAUGUUUACUCUUUGUGGUUUUUGGAUAAUUCUGCUGGAAAGAAAUUUAAAUGAAACAUGUAUGAAGUAAGAUUAAAGGUGAAAAUAAAAAAACAAAAGAAAAUCUGUCUAAACACAACUCCAGCAUAUAGGGACACAGUUUUAACACCUAAGUACUACAACACUCGGGAAGAAAAA